AUGAUUCUUGAAAAGGAAAUAGAAAAACUUAGUGAUAAUUAUUCUUGUUUCAUGUCAGCAGUAAUCACUAUUAUUAAAGAUUUAUACUUGAUUUUUGUUCAAAAUGGUAUUUGUAGAUUCCUUAGAUGUUGCUCAGUAAUGAAUAUCUCGCGCAUAGUGAUAAUCACUACAAAAAAUGAUGAAGAUUUCAGCAAAAUAUAUGGAGCUUAUAAAAUGUCAAUGAAAACUUAUAUAUCACAUGCCGGCUUGCCUAAUUUUCAGUAUAUCCGACAGCAGUGUGGAUGCUCAGGUACGGUACAGUAUGAACAAAUUACAUCAAUGCAAAUAUUAUUUUGUCAUGCAAUCCGACGUGUUAAUUGUGUUAUUGGACGAACAGAACGCAAUGAAGUGGCGUAUGUUGCACGAGAACCUUCGGGCCAACUUUAUAGGAGAUUGUGUCAUUUAUUUAAAACAAAAUCAUCAAGUCAGGUGCAAGAAAUUGAAUCCGUGCUUGAGAAUGCAUUUCAUGCCGCAGCUCUCAAUAAACCAGCCAUGGCUGCUGAUUCAAAAAUUCACCUCAAAUUGAUCCCAUCAAAUCUCACAACACCAGGCGGUGCUAGCGUAAACUCCAAUCUCAAUUCUAAACGUACGCAAGUACAGCAGCACUGCCAUCAAGGGACGCAGAACUUCACCACCCCAGCGGUCAUGACUAAUACUACUGACGUACCAUCGAAUAUUCCAUCGAAUAGCGAUCCAUGCAAAUUGCAUUCUACCUCUAUUCUUUUUAAUCGACUAUUUGGCAAACACCGUGUUGAAAUUGACCACAACAACAAAGAAAACAAAACAGCAGCAGCAUCAACAAACAUGGCUAUUACAUCCAAUACACCAAAUAAACGACAGCGACGACCAGUUAGUGCAGUGUUCAGUCAGGCUUUGCAUCGACUUUCUUCAGCUUCAAUUUACAACAAAAGAGUAUGUAUGCCAUCACUGAUAAUGUGCAAAGCAAUAAAGCUGAUAAGUGGAUGUGCAGUGAUAUUAGUGCCAGGCGAAGGAUUGCUAAGACUUAACAUAGCAAUCAUUUUUUUAUUGAUACCAACUAGUUUUAUUCUGCAUUAUAAUAGUACUAAAAAAUUAAGAGUAUUAUUACUGAGCGAACGAUUGGUAUUAAAGGAAGUUCAGUCAAAAACAUUCACUGAACUUUCACAAUUUUAUCUUUUUUGGUCACUCCAAUUACAAACAUUCAAAUCUGAAAAACUGUUUUCCUCGACUGACACACCACGGAAGUUGGAAAGACCUGUAUCAAUUUGUCAGGCGCUACCAUCAUGCACCGCUUUACCUUCUCAAGACUCUACAUCAGCUACACAUCUUCCUUUCAUAACAAGAGAGCAUAUAGCAUGGGUGCAAAUUAAAGAAGCUUUGCAAAAAUGCAAAUUUGGAGCAAAAUGGAUAGCAAAAGAUCAUCUAAUUCACCUUUUUCAAGAAGAAGACAUACUGCGUCCAUUUAGACAUACUCAAACGACCCCGUCUUUGCGCUAUGAUAAACGAUUCGACUACUUUAACAAGUAG